ACGGGACGCACGGCAGCGACAUAAACGGCUAGCUGCGAAAACAAAAGAACAACACAGAGACAGAGAUUUCAGAAAGUCUGUCCGCCCGCCGCGCCAUGAAGGAAAAACUGUGAGCUUCCUUUCAAAGUACCAACAAUGAUGAGAACCCGGAGCGGCGGGGCUUUAAAUGCAGUUUGUGCAGUGCAGCCGAAGCUGCUAAAGGGCAUUGCAAGCAGACGGCUCCACAGCACAUACGAUGUGGCCGUUGUUGGUGCUGGCAUUGUGGGCCUGGCCUCAGCCAGAGAGCUAAUUCAAAGACAUCCGGCGCUCACCUUCGUCCUGCUGGAGAAAGAGAAAGAACUUGCUGCGCACCAGAGUGGGCACAACAGUGGAGUCAUCCACAGUGGGAUCUACUACACGCCGGGCUCGCUGAAGGCUCGGCUGUGUGUACGAGGAGCAACGUUGGCAUACCAGUACUGCGAGAAGAAAGGGAUUCCUUAUAAACGAUGUGGAAAGCUAAUCGUGGCUGUAGAGCAGGAAGAAAUUCCCAGACUGAAAGCUCUGUACGAACGCGGCUUGAAGAACAAAGUGCGCGACCUCAGCGUUGUCGACGCCAAGGGGAUCCGAGAGCGAGAGCCGUACUGCCGGGGGAUAAUGGCUUUGGAUUCACCCUACACCGGCAUCGUUGACUGGCGGAUGGUGGCCCUCGGGUACGGCAGAGACUUUGAGGAGGCAGGCGGCGCCGUGGUCACCGAGUUUGAGGUCAGUGACAUGUCCGUGGUCAAAGAGAGCCCAGCCGGGAGCCCCGACGGAAUGAAACAUCCCAUUGCAAUAAGAAAUAAAAAGGGCGACGAAGUGCGGUGCCGUUACGUCCUGACCUGCGGAGGCCUCUACUCGGACCGGCUGUCGCAGAUUUCUGGAUGCAGCACGGAACCGAGGAUCGUUCCCUUCAGAGGAGAUUACCUGGUGCUGAAACCAGAGAAGCACUACCUGGUCAGAGGAAACAUCUACCCUGUUCCCGACCCUCGAUUCCCGUUCCUCGGAGUUCACUUCACGCCGCGGAUGGACGGCGGCGUUUGGCUCGGCCCCAACGCAGUGCUCGCAUUUAAAAGGGAGGGCUACCACCUGUACGACUUCGACGCCCGGGAUUUUGCAGACGCACUCUCCUUCAGAGGCCUUCAGAAGCUCGUGCUGAGGAAUGUAACUUAUGGACUCGGGGAAAUGUACAGAGGAGUUUUCCUUGGUGCGCAGAUUAAAAUUCUGCAGAAGUAUAUCCCCGAACUCUCUCUAAGCGACGUGCUCAGAGGUCCGACGGGAGUCCGAGCUCAGGCCCUCGACCGCGACGGGAACCUGGUGGAUGACUUCGUCUUCGACGGCGGCGUCGGAGAUUUGGGCAGUCGGGUGCUCCACGUGCGCAACGCCCCCUCUCCGGCAGCUACCUCCUCCCUCGCCAUCGGCGAAAUGAUUGCGGAUGAGGUGGAGAGUCGCUUCACGCUGUAGACGCUCGUGGCGAUCGGCGUGACGAAACUGGAGGGGGGGGGGGAACGGAGAAAUCCAGCCACAAAUUGAAACUUUCUGAGCCUUUUGAGUUAACGCCAGGCCUUUCAUUUGACUCCUUUUUUUUUUUUUAAAGACUUUUAUCACUGAAGUGCUGAAACGGGCUACAAACAUGUUUACUCUUUCACAUCCAUGUAGAAACUCAUCUUUACCCUCUGCACAACCUUCUGGAGACAUGAAAUUAGAAACAAUUUUCUAACUUUUAAAUGAAUUUGUUUAGCACCUUACCUUGUAGGUCUUAAACAGAAUGUGGACAUAAAUUAGGUGUUUCUACUAGUUGAAUUGUGGUGCUGAGAUUCUUUUUGUUUUUGUUUUUUUAAAGCUUUUGGGUAUGUUUGAAUAAUCAUUCAUCUCCGGAAAUACAUUUGUCUGCACAAAAAUGCACAAUCUGUGGGGAAAAGGACGUUUUUUUUUUUCUUUCUUUGUUUUAAGUUGGUUUUAGAUUCGACUUUAUAUCGAAUCUAUAAAUUGCUCUUUGUGGUCAUUUUCUGUCGUUUGAAACUGUGACCUCUUUUUUUUUUUUUUGAUAAGUCGCCUCAGUGAAUUCAACCACUGCUGUAACUAAUGUACACAAAUCUCUCUGUGUUAUUUAAUUUUAUAUACUAAUAAAUGAAUACAUGAGUAUUUUUUACAGGAAAUAAAUAUUUGGAUUGAA